AUGGAUGUGCUGCCUCUAAAUGAGAAUGAUUCAGAAGAAAUCAUAUUACACCAAGUGUUGAGUGAGGCGGAUGCGUUGAGCAGGGAUCCGGAUCCGAGCAAGAAGCGGUACAGAGGCGUGCGGCAGCGGCCGUGGGGGAAGUUCGCGGCGGAGAUACGGGACUCCGCCCGCCACGGGGCCAGGAUUUGGCUCGGCACCUUUGACACCGCCGAACAAGCUGCCUUGGCUUACGACGCCGCCGCCUUCAGAAUGCGAGGCUCCAAAGCCAUGCUUAAUUUCCCUGCUCAUCAAAAUUCAUAA